AUGAUCCUACGGCCCGACCCCUUCGCGCCGCGUGGUAUGGAGUUUGCUCGGUGGGUGGAGCUCGCAUUGCAGCAGGACUUGCUGCCGCUAGCAGUGGAUGGGAAGGUGGCGAACGAGAUCGCCGCACAAGGCUUGGGAAGUGGGUUGGUUGGAGUGCCGCUGGAGGCAUCGGAGGCGAAGGAGAGGUACGCGGGAGAUGAGCGUAUGGGACUGCAGUUGAGGAUCCUGGGUGGGCAGGUCAUAGGGUAUGUGUUGGGGGGCAAGGCGUUGGAGGAACGGACCUGGGCGGAGCUGCUACUCUGGGAGGACUGGGAGGAUGCGGCGUUCGAAUGGUCGAGUGUGUUCAAGCAUUUUUGA